GUAUCUUUAUUCCAUCUCCAACUAUGUGAUGCGAUCAUGCGACCCUCGAUUCUCUCACAUCGCCCAUUCAAAUAAAAUUCUCUCUCUCUCUCUCUCUCUCUCUCUCUCAAGGCUGACUCCACCCUUUUACUUCUCUCUCCACCACUCUCCUACGGCUUCGAUCGUUUGCGACUUCUGAAGGUCCGGCCCAGAGUGUCUUGGGAAUCCUCUGAAGCACAAAUCUCAUUGGUUGCUUUUGGAGUUAAUCUUGGUCUUGGGUGUUGGUUCAAUGCCGUCAGCUAUCUCACCUGAGUGGCAAGAGAAGGCUAGUGGAUUCUUUUCAUCUUCAGGUGUGAAGCUUAAAGAAGCUGGUCAAUCUGCGGGGACAUUUGUUGGUGAGGUUGCAAAGGAUGCGAAAGGGAAUGUUGCCGAUGUGGCAGGAAAAGUUGGGUCAAUUGUCAAAAGUCGAUGGGCUAUUCUUCAGCAGCCAUCUACGAAGCAUGCCAUGCAGGAGCGUCUUAUUUCUGCAGCUGCUACCACUGGCAUGAUAUUCAGGAAGAGUUAUUCAGGAACCAAAGAUAAGGUUGUAGUUGGAAAGUCAAAAGUUGAAGAGGUAGCAAAGAAAACUGCACAGAAAAGUAAGGUUCUUUUAACAGAUAUUGAGCGAUGGCAGAAGGGUGUUGCAAGCACCGAUGUAUUUGGAGUUCCAAUUGAGGUUACUGUGCAGCGACAACAGUCCAGCAGACCUAUUCCCCAUAUUUUGGUCACAUGUGCAGAUUAUCUCAUAUUAUCAGGGCUAAACUCGCCUGAGUUGUUUAAGUCUGAUGGAGACAAGAAGGUUAUCCAGCAGUUGGUUUCAUCAUACAACCAAGAUUCAAAUGCAUCACUGCCGGAGGGGAUAAACGCAGUUGAUGUUGCAGCUCUUGCCAAGUGUUACCUUGCAAGUCUUCCUGAACCAUUGGCCACAUUUGAGCUAUCUAAGGAAAUCAGAGGUGCCCGCUCAAGUAUACGUGUGAUGAGAAAUAUAUUGAAGAAGCUUCCUACUGUUAACUACAUGACUCUAGAAUUAAUAACUGCACUACUGCUCCGUGUUAGCCAGAAGUCACUUCUUAACAAGAUGGAUACCCGAAGCCUUGCCAUGGAAAUGGCCCCUAUCAUUAUGUGGCAGAAGGGACAGAGACCAGAACAUUUUAGACAGUUUUGGAAUCAGCCAUCUGAAAUACUUUCCAAGAAGAAAAUGGACCCUUCGCCCAACUUUAAUGCUUGCGAUAUGCUUGAUGAAGAUAGCGAAAGUGUAGACGCGUCCUCACCCAUUCCUUUGGAUGAUGGGUUGCCCAUUGACUUCACCGCCAUCGAAGCUGUUCAGUGCUUAAUUGAACAUCACAAUGCGAUUUUCACCGAUGCCAACGAGACUGUCUGGAGAUGACUUCAAAUUUCCUACUUUCCCAUACUGCAUGGGGAUUCAUUAGAAUUGGACUGUGUAACCAAUAAGUUCACAGAAUGGAUUUCCAAAUUUUCUCGUGCUGGUUUGCUAGUUGUUACCUAGUGUCAUCAUAUGUACAGUUCUUCAACAAUUUUGUGGGAUCUCGUAGGUGUAGAUUUUGGAGUUGUAUUUUGUAUAAGAAUAAUUGAUCUUUUUCUUCCACCUUUUGCUGCGUGCGAAUAUUGAUUAGAUAUUGGAAUUUUGAUUGUUUGGGAUGGCCUA